AUGGCAAAAAAGGAAAAUAUUACUAACGCUAAUGGAGCUAUUCUCAGGGCGAAGAGAAUAGAGCGAAAGACCUCAGGGAAACAUAGUAAAGAUGAAGUUACGAACUCUAAUUCCCAUGGUUCGAUGAAGAAGAGGCCUGCUCCUCCCCCCCUCUUCCUCAAGGCCUGUGCUGCAGGCAACACUCCACCGGAAUCAGCGAGAGGAGAUGCAGCGGCGACUUCAGUAACGGAAGAACUUUUCAAGUGA